UGCAGCGCAAGAGAUGGCGAUAGGCGCGAGUAAGACCUUCUCGACUUUCCCGUUCCUGGGAUGCGAUGCUUGCUCGGGACUUUUGGCGGAAAUUCCCCGAGAUCUGCACACGUGACUGCGAGACAUCAGCGCGUUUCAUUCACACUUCAAUGUUCCCAUGAUUUUGUAUGGAUUGAAGUGUCGAGGAGUCCAUUGACGCAUACGGAAGAGGAUCGGGAUGUCUUCGUUACAGAGUCGCAAGGAUGAGAUCGCGGCGAAACGGGCCAAGUUGGCGGAGCUCAAGCGACAACGUGAAUUGCGCGCACGAGACCUGAGUAGUACGAGGCAGAGCGUAGGCGAUGUGGCCGAACUGGCCGCAUCAUCUCCCCUGCGCAGUCGGACGACCACUUCGAGGGACGACAUUGACCAGCUGAUAUCUUUGUUGAUCCCGGACCAGCCUCGCACUCCAUCUGGCAAGACACGUGACCAACGUGGUAAUGCUGUUGAGCAGGCGCCUGAGGGUGGCUCUGACCAGGCAGUAAAUCGACAGUAUCAGGACGCUUCCACCGACACGCAGACACUGGGCUUUGCCGAGUUUCAGACAGUCUAUGAGAUUCCGGUGGAGAGCAAGCCGGAAGUCAUCACGUAUAGUAAGGGCGUGCAGACAGAUCUAGUUAUUGAAGAUGAACGCGCAGACGACGAGGAAGUGGACGAAGUCGCACAGACUCCGACGAGAAGGCGAAGACGCAAGCUUAGCCAGAGGGAACGGGAGUUGGAGGAGGAAGAGAUCCGACAGCGGCUACGGGUGGAGAUCGAAGAAGAACUCCGAGCGGUGCAACUAGGCGACAAUUCGGACCUCGAAAAGGAUCGCUCUCCAGUCCGAGAGCUUGCGCCAGAGGAACUCAACGCGGUCACCAGCAGCAACGACUUCCUCGACUUCAUCGAACGCAGCAGUAAGGUCAUCGAGCGCGCAUUGGACGAAGAAUACGACGUCUUAGCGGACUACGCCCUUCAUUCACGCACCGCAGAAGAAGACGAAGACGAAUACAUCGGCCGCCGCGGCCGGCGCAUCAAAGAAGUCGCCUCCUUCCCACUCGCGGACACCUUGGGUCUCAAACGCAUGAUCAGCAGCCUCGACUUCUCUCCCAAGUUUCCCGAGCUCCUCUGCACCGCCUACACCAAAUCCCAAGCCUCCCCUCACACCCCACCCGGCCUCCUCAACGUCUGGAACCUCCACCUCAAAGGCCGCCCCGAAUACAGCCUCCACGCCACCUCUGACAUCCUCUCCUGCCUCUUCCACCCUCACCACCCCUCCCUCAUCCUCGGCGGAACCUACUCCGGCCAACUCUGCCUCUGGGACACCCGCGUCCGACACACGCGCACCGGCGAACCCGUCCAGAAAACCCCCCUCACCGGCGGUCGAACAGGCCACGCCCAUCCCAUCUACUCCCUCGCCGUCGUCGGCACCCAAAACGCCUCCUCCAUCAUCUCCGUCAGCACCGACGGCGUCGUCUGCGCCUGGAGCACCGACAUGCUCACCACCCCGCAAGAAUUCCUCGAACUGCACUCCCCCAACCCUUCCGCCUACAAAACCGACGACGUAGCCCCGACCUGCAUCUCCUUCCCCGCCAGCGACCCGACCCACUUCCUCGCGGGGACGGAACAAGGCGCCAUCCACCCGGUGCACCGCUACGACCGCGCGGGAGCGAAAGCCGGCAUCGACGCCCGAACCAGCUACCUCGGCCACGCCGCCCCCGUCACCGCCCUCGACUUCCAUCCCUCACGCGGCAAAAUCGACCUGGGCGACCUCUUCGUCAGCAGCGGCAUGGACUGGACCAUCAAGCUCUGGCGCGCCAAACCCCCUUCCUCCUCCGGCUCCGGCACCAUCUCCGGCCAAGCGGAGCAAGUGCGCCCGCUCCUCGACAUCCAACGCGAAGACACCGUCUACGAUGUCCGGUGGUCGCCUACGAAACCGGGGGUCUUUGCGUCGGUGGACGGGGGCGGGAGUUUGGAUGUGUGGGACUUGAAUGUCAGUACGGAGGUGCCGGUGGGGAGUGCGCGGCCGAGUGGGCAGGAGAGGGAUUUGUUCGGGUUGCGGAGUUUGAAUAAGGUGGCGUGGGAGAAGGGGGCUGGAAGGCAGGUGGCGGUGGGGGGGUUGGAUGGGGUGACGAGUGUGUUUGAGGUUGGGGCGGAGUUGGGGGGUGUGGAGACGAGGGCGGAGAGGUGGGUGGGGGUGAGGAAGUUGGCUACUCGACUCGGGAAGGGGCGGGAUUGAGCCAACUUCGGAAUGUGAUGGCUGGUUGGCGCGAUUGAAAGAGGUUCUGGUUGGAAUCAGUGGGUCAGAUAUAUUGACGAUGGACUCGUAGAGUAGCUAGUCUCACUGGCCAGAGAUUUGAUUGCUUAUGUUCGCUCUCAGGCCUCAGUAUAUUGGUGACCACUCAAUGAUAAGCCUUACAUUUUUCGACCUGGAUACCGAUCAAUCUUCGAUACGUA